UGGAGCUUCAGUUGAGUUUGAACUUUCGGUGCCUCCGGACGGGGUGUCUCUACGUUACGUUGCGCCGGGAACCAUGUUCUGUUAGUUUUUUUGCUGUGUUGUUGUUCCUCCGUUGUGUUUUGUGGUUCUUUUUUUUCUUUCUCUGGUGGCUUCGAUCAUCUUCCUCCGUUUGAGGGCCAGAGUGUGGAGUUACCUUUGUGUUCCCGCACUUGGUGUGUGUCCAGUUAAGUCCAGUCAGGCCGCUUCCAUUCGUAAUAGCCCUCCCUCAGGGAAGCCUGUAGCCAGAUAUGGCCAUCAGCUAGUGGUCGGCCGCCCGGAUCUUGAGCCUGGGACUGUCUCUGUGGCUAAGUGUUUGUGUGCGGGCUGGAUUCAGCAGAGGGGCCAUUCGAUCAAUCGUCGUGUGGUUCUAGGGUGCGUACGACCCAAACGCGGAAAAGUGGAGGAGAAUACUCGAAGGGGGUGUUGAAUACAUAUCGGGAACAUCAUCAACGUGCUGUUGUGUUCUGGUCAACGCAGAUUUACGGGAAGAGAGAGCCUACCUGUCUGUCCUCACCCGUCUGCCCUGUCGGAAUAGUUGGAUGAUGAUGGUUGGUUGCUGACGAAUUGUGUCUGACGUGACGAAGUUUUUUUUUUCGUCGAGCAAGUGUUCUUUCUGUUUGUGUUGAUGCAAUUCAACCUCCGAAGACGAGGACAAUCCUCAACCAACAAGAAAGUUCAGGAGGGAGUUGUAACACAACGUUAUUCAUUUGAUGGUUCUGUGAAUACAAAUCGGCUCCAAAUAAUUCGCGGAAAGCUUAAUGAUAUCUGUUAGUUCAAAAGCGCGUGAGAGAAAAAAAAGGAAAGGAAGCGCUAAAUAAUAAGUGGCUUGUGUGAAAUUUAGUUUGAAACGUUAUCUGUCCAUGUUAUCUCUGUGUGAUCGAGAGCAAAAGUGCUUGCUGCUACCCGAAUGAGGUAGUCGCUGGUUGGUUGUAUUAUUUGUGUUAUUGGUUCGUUCUGUUCUUUUUGGAUACUCAUUACACUUCGAUUUUCGGAUAUCUACGGAAGCGACCACUCAAAAUGAGGACCGAUAGCUUUAUAUUCGCUCCCAUCAUCGGAGUAUUCAUACUAGUGCUCUGUUCGUCACGGACCGCUUCGAUUCAGGUGGAUAAGGAAGCGUACUUUAACGGUUCGGCCUACCUCCGACUGAAGACGCCGAUGACCCUGUGGAGCCACUCGGCGAUCAGCUUCAAAACGUGCCGCGGUGGAGAAAUCCUCUCACAACGGUACGCUGGACACGCUCUGCUGGUAUCGGUCCUUCCGGAUUCCCUAUCGGUGGUUCUGUCCGCUCCCAGUACCCAAGCAAUUGAAGCACGUGUUCCGGGUCGAUUUCUGGACAACAAAUGGCACACGCUACAGUUUGUGUACCAACUGGGGACACUUUACUGCAUCAUUGACAAGCAACCGACGACGAUUGCAAACCAAACGUACAACAGCCAGCUGAUCCUGGACCAGGAAAUCAAAAACGAAGCUGCGGUACUUAUUCUGGGCAAACAAUUUUCUGGAUGUCUGCUACACGGUCCCGGGUUGGUGUUCAAUUCGAGCGCCAUGAACGCUGAAGCAGUCACCUUUGGACCCUGUCCGCUGGCUCCGGGUCCAUGUACGGAUCACGACGUCCUAACCGGAACGCCAACGGAUUACUGUUCCCACGACCCAUGCAUGCAACACGGAACUUGUAUCUCGAGAACCGACGGCUACGAAUGCCACUGUACGGCUAGAUUCAAAGGCAAGAACUGUGAGGUUGAUAUGGGACCUCCAUGCCAGGCACAUCCAUGCCAACACGGUGGAACCUGCUUGGAGGACACCAAAGGAGAUUACAAAUGCAGCUGUGCCCCGGGAUACACUGGAUCCCAUUGUGAAACGGCGCUGAGCUUCCAUCCACUUUGCGAGAAGAAUCCUUGCCUCAACAACGGAACCUGCCGUGUUCUGCCCGGAUCAAAUAAAUUCGAUUGUGAAUGCUUGAAGGGGUUUAUCGGAGACCGGUGCGAGAUCAAUUGGGAUGACUGUCAGCCAAAUCUGUGUCUCAAUGGAGGUCGCUGUGUCGAUGGAGUGGACACGUUCACCUGUGACUGCAAAGGAACCGGAUAUGGAGGAACCCUGUGCCAGAACAAUAUCGACGAAUGUCUGGUGAACCCUUGUCUUAAUGGAGGCGUUUGUUUCGAUACCUAUGGAACCUAUCUCUGCGCUUGUCCCACCGGAUUUACCGGAGCCAACUGUCAGAUGAGUAUCAACGAGUGCCGGUCUCAGCCCUGCCGACAUGGCGGAACCUGUAUCGAUACCCAGGAAGGAUUCGAGUGCCGUUGUUCGCCAGGAUUUUCAGGUUUGCUAUGUGAAAUUGAACCUGGCUGCGGUCAAUGUCCACCGGAUUCGGAUUGUGUUGCCGGACGAUGCGUGUGUAAACCGGGAACGACAGGAUCUGUAGGCCACUGCAGCACCGAUCCGCAGCUGCAGUUUGCUCAAAUAAGCAAAAAGUCGGCCCAAUCUAAUAAUGCCUGCGCGAGCUUUUGCUACAAUGGCGGCAGCUGCACCCUAGCCAGUCCAACUAUUUUGCCACUUAGCGCUAGUAUCAGUAGUAGUUCUGCUAGCAGUAGUCCUAGUAGCAGCAGCGGGGGCAAUAGCGGCAUCAAUGGCGGCUUCAGCAGCAACGGCAGCAGCAGCAGCAGCAGCAACACAUCUCGAAAUCUAACAUGCCUUUGUGCUAGCGGUUUUACAGGUUCACGUUGCGAGUCACCUAUCGCGCUGCCCUACUCAGAUGAAUGCAACUGCUUGAAUGGGGGCAGCUGUACCUCGAACAGUUCCAGCUGCGUGUGUCCUCCGGGCUUCGAGGGCUCUCGCUGUGAACAAACUUCGCUCUGUUCCCCGGCCAACUGUCAGGAGCCGUUCCGGUGCAUCGGGGGCCGCUGUCAGUGUCCGGAAAAUAUGAACUGUGACAAUGUGUGCGCUUCGAAUCCCUGCCAGAACAAUGGAUCUUGCUACGCCCAGGAGCAGGACUAUCUGUGCCAAUGUCAAUCCGGGUACGAGGGCAAGCAUUGCGAAAACGAUAUCAACGAGUGUUUGCUCAAGGAAAACCUUUGUGGAAAUGGAAUCUGCCAUAACGUAAACGGUUCCUACAAGUGUUACUGUACCCCCGGGUAUACCGGUCUAAACUGUGAUCUGGAUGUGGACGAAUGUCUCAGUCAUCCGUGUAAGAAUAGUGCUCAGUGUUUGAAUAAGGAGAAUGACUUUGAGUGUGUUUGUACACCGGGAUACAGCGGCAAGGACUGCGGGACCGAUAUUGACGAGUGUGAAAGUAAUCCCUGCAAUAAGGGCUCGACGUGUAUCGAUCGGGUGGCCAACUUCACCUGCAUGUGUAUUCCGGGAAUGACCGGGAGGCUGUGCGAGAUUGACAUCGAUGAUUGCGAGUCUCAACCCUGCAUGAACGGUGGUCGCUGUAUCGAUCAACUCGGUGGUUUCCUGUGCGAUUGCGACCAAACGGGCUACACCGGUUCAUACUGUCAGCAGAACAUCGACGAGUGUGAAUCUAACCCCUGCACCAAUGGAGCCGAAUGCAUCGACAAGGUGAACGACUAUCAGUGCAAGUGUUAUCCGGGCUACAGCGGCAAGAAUUGCGAAGAGGACAUCGACGAGUGUGAGUCCAACCCGUGUCAGUAUUCGAGCAAGUGUCUGCAACGUUCAAACAUCUCGCUGUACUAUUCGAACAACAAGAAUCUGCCGGCGAUAUUUACCCAACAGUUUUCGUUCUUGAACGCCAGUGGUUACGAAUGUGUUUGUGUACCCGGAACAAUGGGUAAGAACUGUGAGAUAAAUAUCAACGAAUGCGACAGUAGCCCGUGUAAGAACGGAAACUGCGUAGACGGUAUCGGAAACUAUACUUGCGAGUGUGAGCCUGGGUUUGAGGGAGACCAUUGCGAGACUGAUAUCAAUGAAUGUGUUAAGUACAAACCUUGUGUUCAUGGAACAUGUAUCGACGAGAGGAAUAACUAUAGCUGCGAUUGUGACGAAGGUUGGGGUGGAAAGAAUUGUUCGGUGAGGUUGACGGGCUGUGUUAACAAGCCUUGUCUGAAUGAAGGAACCUGUGUGCCGUAUUUGGAAAACGAAACCCUGCAUAAGUUCAACUGCUCUUGUAGACAAGGUUUUCAGGGAAAAACUUGUGAUACGGUAACAACAAUGUCCUUGGGAGCUAGCAGUUUGCUUGUGGUCAAUACGGCACGUGACGAAGGCUACGAUAUUCAGCUUAGAUUUAAGACUACACUACCAAAUGGAAUCCUUGCAUUCGGAAAUGGAGCCACCUCUUACAUUUUGGUACUGAACAACGGCCGAUUGAACUUGCACUCAGCAUUGCUGAACCGAUGGGAAGGCGUAUUCAUUGGAUCCAAUUUGAACAACAGUAAAUGGCAAAAGGUAUUCGUCGCCAUCAAUUCUUCGCAUUUAGUACUUUCUGCCAACGAAGAACAAACCAUCUAUCCGAUUAACUCUUACGAAGGCACUAACGGUAGCAAUACAUCGUUCCCGAUAACUUAUCUCGGAGGAACAACUCCAACCCUCGCGCAACCCUAUCUUAAACAUAUUGCACGGGCAGUGUCCAGUUUCAUCGGGUGUAUGGAAGACGUCGUUAUCAACGGUCAAUGGGUACUCCCUGGCCAGGAACAAGAGUUCACCAAACUGCACAAUAUCGACAUUGGAUGUCCUCGCACUCCUCAAUGCGAACCCAACCCAUGCAACUCUAACGGACAUUGCACAGAUUUGUGGCGUACAUUCUCUUGCAGCUGUCAACGACCUCAUCUUGGUCAUACCUGCAAGUACAACAUCACAGCAGCAACCUUCGGCCAUGAAAACACCACUCGAUCAGCCGUUAAGGUGGUAGUUAGCGAUAGUGCCCGUCGCGCAAUUCGAUCAGUGCUUGAUAUUUCUAUGUUCAUAAGGACUCGUCAAGGUUCAGGAAUGGUGUUCUACCUCGGAAGUGAUCCCGAAAUACCCAACAACCAAUCACCGAGCGAUGAUUCCUAUGUGGCCGCAUUCCUCUCAAAAGGAGAACUUCUGGUCCGAAUGAUCUUCAACGAUACACCCGAAGGCUACACAGUAGGUGGAAACAAACUGGACAACGGCUACCUCCAUCUAAUCGAAGUUAUCCGCAACUCCACACUUGUACAAGUCAAACUCAACGGAACCGAGUAUUUCCGUAAAACGCUGUCCUCCACCGGACAACUCAACGCUCAGGUUCUUUACUUGGGAGGACCACCACCGUACGCUGACUCGAUCACCAGCCUCCACAAAGACGAAUCCGAGAAGCAGUACUUCAAGGGUAUCAUUCAGGAUGUUCAGGUUUCCAACGGAUCCCAUGCCAUGAUUGUGGAGCUGUACCCGCUGAGCGAGGAAGGUUUGAUACUACCGCCACCAUUCGGGGAGGUUUCCAUCGAUCGCACUUCCGUUCUGGAGGGUGUCGUCACCGAUGACCUGUGUAGGACCCAGCCGUGCAAACACGACGCCAUCUGUGCCAACACGUGGAAUGAUUUUGUCAAAUGCAAGUGGACCUAUCUAAAGGACACUUUCAAGGAAGUCAAAUGGCUUUGGAACAAUCAAGUUAGAUGUACCUGCCCACGGGGUUACAAGGGCAAAUACUGCCAGGAGAUUCAGUUCUGCGAGCUGCAAAAGUGCCCGCAAAACGCGGCCUGUCAAAAUCUGGACACCGGUUACGAGUGCAUCUCCAACAUGACUUUCCACGACGACAACGAACCGCUCAAGUAUGCCUUCAGCCCCGGGUUGGAUCCGAUCAACCAGGAGAUGACGGAGUUCAACAUGGAUACGAUAGAAAUUUCCUAUAGGACCAAGUUCGGUGGAACGUUGCUGUACGUUCAGGAGAGCGAUAUGUACUUUGAGAUUUCUACGAUCAGGAAACUGGUGACCAUUUCUUGGAGGUUGUCGAUCGAUCUGCCAGAGCAGAACAGGUUCGAGUACGAAGACGAUGGUAAUUACGAUUGGCACACGGUGUUUAUAAGGGUUACUCCUAAUGGAAAAUUGGAAGCCGGCUGGAAGGGAUGGGAAUCGGCGCUGGAUCCUCAGCCUAGCAUUUCUGUGAACAUCGAUUACUUUGCCUAUAAGCAUUUGUUCUCCGGCAAACAUUUCAUCUAUCUGGGUGGAAUGCCAUCGUUGAGUCAUAUCGAGAACAAUUCCGUGGUUAACGGUGGAAUCGAUAAGGGAUCAACGUUUAAGGGAUGUCUAGGAGAGUCUCGCGUUGGAGGAUACUUGCUGCCAUAUUUCCAGCAUGAUGUGAUCUACCCGGAUACUUUCCGAUUCAGUGGUGCCCAUUUCAAUCUGAACUCCAGUCAGCCUGAGGAAGGUUGUAUACUGUGUUUCCAACAGUCUUGUAAGAAUGGUGGAUUCUGUAGUAAUCCCUCGGAGAAAUACGCUUGCGAUUGCCCGGCAGGAUAUGAAAGUGAUGACUGUUCCCAGAACAUUGACGAAUGUCUUGUGGCGAAUUGUACCAACAACUCGACCUGUAUUGACGGAGUGGCUAGCUUCACCUGCCAGUGUUUGGACGGAUACGAGGGAGAGCUGUGUGAAUUUGAAAUCGACGAAUGUAUGUCCAAUCCGUGCCACAAUGGAGGAUCGUGUACCGAUAUGAUCGCUACUUUCUCCUGCAACUGUACUGAAGAAUAUGCAGGACCGCAGUGUGAUGUUUUCCGUUUGGUAACGUGCGAAAAUCAACCCUGUAAAAACGGGUCCACCUGUAUUGAUGGAUUUAAUUCGACAACAGGCAACAACUUCACGUGUUCUUGCAAAAACGGGUUCGCAGGACCGCUGUGCGAUACACCCUUCUGCCAGAUUGAAGAGUGUCAAAACGACGCAGUUUGCAUAACGAACGACGAAAAUGUCCCCAUCUGUCGCUGUACCCCGGGAUAUUUGGGUAAAUUUUGCGAGGUCGAAAUCAACGAGUGCGAUUCGGCGCCCUGCCUAAAUGGAGGUCAGUGUAUCGACUUUAUCAACGAUUACCGGUGUAAUUGUAGCGGCACCGGCUACGAGGGUCGUAACUGUGAGGUCGACAUCGACGAGUGCUACGUGGAGCGGAUCAAUUGCGGAGGCAGAGGUUCUUGCAUUAACACCAGAGGAUCAUUCAGGUGUAAAUGCAAUGAAGGUAUGUGUGGUAAGGGUUGUGACAAGGAAGAUCCCUGCAAGAUCGAACCGAAUGUCUGCCAGAAUGGAGGCCUCUGCAUAGAAGACUGCGAUAAAGAACGUCUGUUCUACUGUAACUGUACCACAGGUUUCAUUGGUGAUACUUGUUCGGAACAGGACGACCUCGGGGUCAGAGAAAUAACCUAUCUAGAUACGGUCUACUACUAUGUGGAUAAGAUUGUGGCUACACUGGAGGCUGAGGGAACGAGUGGAGCCGACAUCGCACUGAUAGUGGUACCGGUGGUGAUCGGUAUACUGGCGAUAGCAGGCGCCCUGAUCGGAUCGUUCCUGGUGAUGGCCCGGAACAAGCGAGCCACCCGGGGAACCUACAGCCCCAGCGCCCAGGAGUAUUGCAACCCAAGACUGGAAAUGGACAACGUACUCAAGCCGCCGCCCGAAGAGCGCCUGAUCUAAGAGUCGUCUCUGAUGAUGCUUCUUUUGUUAUAAUGUUAGGCAGUUUUUUGUUUAUAUAAUAUCUGGGGUCACAUGACCGAGCAAGUGGUGAUGAAUCCCCCGGUAGCUCACGAAAUAUAUUUUUUAUGCAUGACGAGAUCAGGUAAAAUUUGUAGAUAUACUUACAAACAAAAGAUCUUGUUGAUAAUCGAUCGCCAAAUCGCGAUUGUGUGGUUUGUGAAUACCGACUUUUACUCAUAAUAGGACAAAAUCAGACUUAAUAAAUAUAAAUCGAGUUUAAGUUAUUGAAGCUACUUAAAGAAAAUUUCCUCCCAGGAAAUGCACCUUGAACACGCUAGAAUAUUUGCUGGCCGAUUGUUAAUACUAAGAGUCUGUAUUAGAACAAUAUACGUCGACGUAUCACGCUAGAUAGAAUGCGAGUACUGCUAAAUACGAAUGAGAAAAAAAAAGAAAUCAAACAAAUAUUGUGAUAUGAAUCCUACCCCUACUGUGUAAAACCACAAUAUAAUAAGAAAACUGCGAGCAAACAAAGUAUUUUAAUACAACUUAAAACUGCCCCGAUUCAAAAUUCGGGUCUAUAGGAAUCUCAAUUUGUUCUUGUUGGAAAGCAAACACAAUCCUCUCCGUCCAAUUUUUUGUUUUAACAAUGUGCGUGUUUGAGCGUGUGUGAUUGCAAGAUGAGUUGAAAAUGAAUAUGUUGUUUGCAUCCUCAAAAUUCAUGUGCCGUAUCGUUUGGGCGAUAGAUUAUUUGGAACUGGAACAACUACCCAAGGGCAAAUGGAAUUUGACUUGGGAACUGACCUUUUUAAUGUUGAAACGGCAUCUCUAUUUCCUGCAGACAAAAUGUGGAACAAAUUGAAACUUCGUAAAUCACAAAUUUCACGAAUAACGGAUAAUAAAAAACUGCUGAAGUAGACUGAAUUAAAAAAUAAAGCAAGUUGCCUUAAAACUGAAUGGUUCAAUACACAAUAACGCAUGAAAUGAUGAAGAACUUGUGCAAGUAAUUCUUUCUUUCCUUAUAAUGACAAAAAAAAAUUAAAAAUAGAACCUUCAUCUUUUUAAAAUCUAUAAUAUAGCGAAAAAUAAGUCUAUUUUGUAAAGUAGUGUAAGAAAACAAAUAUUUUAAACAAACGUCCAUCGCUGCUACAGGCUAAUGUUAAAUAAACGAGACAUUAUCUAUUGAGAACAACA